AUGUCCGCCAUCCUCAGGAAGCUCGUCCACAAUGAGGCGAUGCGAGAGGAUCCCAGGGAGAUCUAUGGGUGGAGAGUAUACAUGCUUGCCUGUUCAGCAUGCUUCGGUGGUAUGCUUUUCGGAAUGGAGACAGGUAUCAUCGGAGGUGUUCUCACCAUGGCACCCUUCAAAGCCGACUACGGCUUAAACGGACUUGGUCCUGUCGGAGAGGCGAACCUGUCCGCCAACAUCGUAUCGACCCUGCAAGCAGGAUGCUUCUUCGGAGCUCUCAUCGCUUCGCCUGUGGCUGAUAAAUGGGGUCGGAGACUCGGUCUGAUCAGCGCCUCGAUCCUGGCCAUCCUAGGUGUGAUCAUGCAGGUCGCUGCCAGUGGGCACCUGGAAGCCAUGUACAUCGGCCGACUGAUCACCGGAUUCGGUGUCGGCUUCGCCUCGAUGAUCAACCCCCUCUACGUAUCUGAGAACGCCCCGCGCGCCAUCCGCGGCGGUCUGACCGGUCUGUACCAGCUCUUCAUCACCAUGGGCAUCAUGCUGGCCUUCUGGAUCAACUACGGCUCUCUGCUGCACAUUAGCGGCAAGUCCAUGUACAUCGUCCCGCUGGCCAUGCAGGGCCUCCCCGCCCUCCUCCUGCUCGGCGGCAUGCUCCUAUGCAACGAGUCUCCCCGCUGGCUGGCCCGGCAGGACCGCUGGGAAGCGGCGCGCGCCACGCUCGCGACAGUGCGCAACCUCCCCGCCACCCACCCAUACGUCGAGCGCGAGUUUCAAGACAUCGUCGAACAGCUCGAGCACGAGCGCCAGCUGGUCAGCGGCUCGGGCUUCUGGGACCUCAUGCGCGAGAUGUGGCUGAUCCCCGGCAAUCGCAAGCGCGCGCUCAUCAGCAUCUUCCUCAUGGUCUGCCAGCAGAUGACAGGCACCAACGCCAUCAACUACUACGCGCCGCAGAUCUUCAAGAACCUCGGCGUCACAGGCAACGCCACGGGCCUCUUCGCCACCGGCGUCUACGGCAUCGUCAAGAUGGUCGGCUGCGCCAUCUUCCUCGUCUUCGUCGCCGACUCGCUCGGCCGCCGCCGCUCCCUCCUCUGGACCUCCGUCGCCCAGGGCCUCACCAUGCUCUACAUCGGCCUGUACGUGCGCAUCGCGCCCCCCAAGACCGGCGAGCCCGUCAUCCCCGCCGGCUACGUCGCCCUCGUCUGCAUCUUCCUCUUUGCCGCCUGCUUCCAGUUCGGCUGGGGGCCCGUCUGCUGGAUCUACGUCAGCGAGAUCCCCACCGCCAGACUGCGCGGCCUCAACGUCUCCUUCGCCGCCGCCACGCAGUGGCUGUUCAACUUUGUCGUCGCUCGCGCCGUGCCCAAUAUGCUGGCGACGGUCGGUGCAAAUGGUUACGGCACAUACAUCAUAUUCUCCUGCUUCUGUCUCUCCAUGGGCGUCUUCGUCUGGUUCUUCAUCCCAGAGACCAAGGGUCUCUCGCUCGAGAAAAUGGAUGAGCUGUUCGGCGUCACGAACUCCACGGACAGCAAGGUUGUGGAUGCGGAGCGGGCCAUGAGCACGAACGAAAAAGAGGCCGAGACUGUCACCGAGACGAGGGUAGAGAGAGCGUAG